UGUUGCGAUGGCAAUGAAACUGCUCCCGAACAGUGCGCUAGCUUUGCGAAAGUUUAACAAGUACCUGCGUAAAAAUGUGAAAGAUCAAUCGGCCAGCAUAUUACGCCUUUGGACAACCCAAUGCGAGUUUGUCUUCGCUCAACAGUUACGAAGAAGCCAACAAAUAUUUGCUCACUAUGCCAAGAUCUGGGAGGAACGCGCUUUGCGCGAACUGCUGCGUCGCUUCCGGGGACAGGUUCAGCGACAUGCCAAAGGGCUUAUACUUUCGUCCGCCGCCCUACUCACGUUUGACUGGGAACGUGAAAGAAUCGAGCUAGAGUCGGUGCAGGAACACAUGGACGAUUUUCAAUUUUUGGAACGCCUGCAGCUAGAAACAAUCUAUUGCAAACGGUGCGAGAAGCGAAAGUUGAUCGAUGGUCGCGUGGAAGGUAUCAACUAUUGCUGCUGCCCGAAGAAUGUUACGGAAAUGUUGUCGGCCGAACAAAACGUGUACACCGCCUGGGAACCAUACAUUGAGCAGAAGCGCAUGAUAACGUGGCGUCAGGAAAUUAAGCCAGGCCUGUUUGCCUACAAAGUUUACGUUGAAUAUCCCGACGUGACAGCGGAGGACUUUCUACAUGUGCAGAUCGAUGUGGAGUAUCGGAAAAAGUGGGACAAUACUGCCGUCAAUUUGGAGGUGAUAGAUGAGGAUUCGGCCAAAGGAUCCAACAGUCACAUCAUCUACUGGGAAGCUUUAUGGCCAAAACUGUUCGCCAAUCGAGAUUACGUCUACAACCGACGGUUCUUUAUCGAUCGCAGCCGGCGCGUGAUCAUGAUCGUCAACAAAAGUGUGGAACACCCAAAGUGUCCAACCAAACCACACACUCAACGUGUUCACGAGUACUGGAGCUAUAUGGUUAUCAAACCAACGACCGCUUUUAACAAACCAGGCGUUUCGUUCGUGCUAACGUACUUCGAUAAUCCCGGACUAUCGAUACCAAAGUACAUUACCACCUGGGUGGCGAAAAAGCAGAUGCCCGAUUUCCUUCGGCAGCUGCACCAAGCGACGGUAAACUAUGCGAAAGCGAAACGGCAAAACGAGACACGCAUUAUCGAGUUUUGGGAUAAGCAUAAAGAUCCCGGGUUUGAGUACCCGCCCGAUACGCUGCUCGGGUACAGUACGGAAGAUUUCAACGAGGCACAAAAGCAGGAGGAGGAAUCUAGUCUACAGCAAGUAACCCGUAAUUAUGUCGAAACAAACCCAGCAUCUCUUACUUUGGCAUCUUCAGCGACCGCAAAGUCGAAUGUUGAGUCGGUGCAACUCAACGACAAGAGCAACAGCGCAUGCAGUGGUUUGGUAGAAUCAUGCGAAAGUCUACCGGAAGACAGUACUACUCCGACCAAAAAAUCGUCCUGGUGGAGCUACCUUUACUCUUACAUCUAUUUCGUCUGA